GAAAUCAAGGUGGAGUAAGCCAAAGCAGGUUCAUUAUUUUCAUUCAGAGCAGUUCUACUUGGUUUUACUGACUUCCCAUGCAAAUUUUAUGAAAUGCAGAGGGGGCACUUGUCAAUAAAAUAUUUUUAAAAUUACAGUGUUACACUCUGUCUGUACUCUAUUGAACAAUUAUAGAACUCCACAAGGAUUCUCAGACAAAAUGGAAAUGUACUAAAGAAACAUUUCGAUGCCAUUGCAGAGAGAUGAAAUAAAGUCUAAUAUUUCUAUAUUAAUGCCUAUAUUGUGUUUUUAAUCCAAGAAUAUGUUCCAAAUAUUGCGGACUCUAGACUUUAAUCUGUAGUAACUGUGCUUGUAGUUUCAUAUGAAUCUCUCUCUUUGAGAAGUAGAAGAUUCUGUUAUUUAUUUUAGUUUCAAAAUCAGAUAUGGAAAUUAUUUUUCUUUUCCAAUUAUGAAAAAAAAUCAUUCUGUUUACAAAUAUCAUACUUUGUUUAGAUGACACCACAUGAAAGCUAAUAACAAUUUCUCUGUUUCUUCCCAGAAAAGCUAACUGGACUACAUGGGCCAACAGAAUCUAUCAUUGCUGACUGAAUUCACUCUAAUGGGAGUCACAAGGCUGCCUGAGCUUCAGGCUCCCCUUUUUGGAAUCUUCCUCAUCAUCUACACCAUCACAGUGGUGGGAAAUCUGGGCAUGAUCAUCUUGACCCAAAUGGAUUCCCACCUACACACCCCUAUGUACUUUUUUAUCAAACACCUGGCUUUCAUUGAUCUUGGUAAUUCUACAGUCAUUUGUCCCAAGAUGCUUGUAAAUUUUGUUGUGGAUGCAAAUACCAUUUCCUAUUAUGCAUGUGCCACACAGUUGACCUUCUUCCUUAUGUUCAUCAUCAGUGAAUUUUUUAUCUUGGCAGCCAUGGCCUGUGACCGUUAUGUGGCCAUCUGUAACCCCCUGCUCUACAAUGUCAUCAUGUCCCAAAGACUUUGCCAUAUGCUGGUAGGCAUUCCAUACCUCUAUGGUACUUUUCAGGCACUAAUGUUCACUAUUAAGAUUUUUACAUUGACCUUCUGUGGCUCUAAUGUCAUCAGUCAUUUCUAUUGUGAUGAUGGUCCCUUGGUACUUAUGCUCUGCUCAAAUGCACAAGAAAUAGAAUUGUUGAUCAUAUUAUUUUCAGCAUUUAAUUUGAUCUCUUCCCUCCUGGUCAUCCUAGUGUCCUACCUAUUGAUCCUGAUAGCCAUAUUUCGAAUGCAUUCUACAAAGGGGAGGAAAAAAGCUUUCUCUACAUGUGGUUCUCAUCUGACAGUUGUGGUUGUGUUCUAUGGGUCUCUACUAUUUAUGUACAUGCAGCCCAAAUCCACUCACUCCUUCAAUACUGAUAAAAUGGCCUCUGUGUUUUACACUUUGGUAAUCCCUAUGCUUAACCCCUUGAUCUAUAGCUUAAGGAACAAAGAAGUAAAAAAUGGCUUCUACAGGGUCUUUAAGAAUCAAUGCAAGCUUUGUAUCUAA